CGUAUUCGAGCACAUCCUCAAACUAAAGCACCGCUCUCGAAUCUGGCCGUGUCUAACUGCAGCUUUCACGUCCAUUCCUCUCCAUGCAGCUAAUCCCUUUCAAACAAAGGCAGAUUGCUCUGGGAAGGAGUCAUGCGUGGAGGAUCUCUACAUCUAUUCUUAUACGCCGACACUUCCACCUCUAGUAGACAAAUGAUGAAGAAGCGCAUCACUCUAUCCUUCAUGUCGAUUAGACAAGGUUAAUCGGGUGCAGGGAAAGGCAUGACACUCUUGGCUGUCGACAGCGAGCUAAAGCUUGUCUGUAAGUUCGUCCCUGCAACGGCCAAGUGUACCACUAUUUCUGGCGAUGCAGCCACACGUGUACUCCAAAACAACACCUGGACGCACCUAGCUUGCCAUGGCAAGCAGGACCAUACACCCUCGCAAUUCCCAUUCCGUCAUGAGAGAUCAACCUCUGACGCUGCUUGACAUCAUGGAGAGAGACAUUCCACACACCGAGUUCGGAUUGUUGUCGGCAUGUCAUACCGCCGUCUGCGAUGAGAAGACGCCAGACGAAGUCACUCAUCUCGCAGUUGGUCUCCAGUUUUUGGGGUUCAAGAGCGUUGCUGGCAUGCUGUUGGAGGUCGACGAUGCUGUCGCCAAACAUGUCGUCGAAGCUUUCUACAAAUAUGUGUUCAAUCCGGAGGUUGGUGUCAUGGAGUGUACGAAGUGUGCACUCGACUGUGCUACACACUCUGUGAAAUACAAAAGUGCCACUCGAACAGAAGAUGGUUUUCAUUCAUAUUGGUGUGUAGUUAUUUUAUGCCGUAUUGCUUUCAUCUCGCAGUUAUCUCUACCAUAUCUUCAUCGUGGUGAAGCUAAUCGUAAGAUCACCCCUUCGAGUUAUGCUCUUCCCGUUUCAUAUCGUGUUAUCGCCUAGAAUAUUUUGCUGGUUGUCUGAAUGCUCGUUACGCAGUGUGCUGUCAAGUGACCUUCUUGACUUGAGCACCCCUUUAAAUUUGAUUAAGCUAGAUUCCUCUAGAUGAUUGCCUGCAGUUUUAAACCAAGGAACUUGUGGAGUUUCUCCCUGAGACUUUUAUCUGUAUUCUCACAGCGACAAAAUGGUCUGUAUCAUAUCGACAGCGACCUGCCUUGGUCCUUUCAAAUUUCCAAGGUCAAAGUAUAUGACGUGUUUGUGCCGCGCAGUAGAAAAGUCAUAACCUAGAAGCUCUGCUUUCUUAACGCUUGUGAGAUACAAAAGGUCUCUCCUGUCCUUACUCUCCAAUGACUUAUUUCUGCUA